CCCGUCCUCUCACUUCCUGCAGUUCGAAAAAUCCUUUGACGCGCCAAACACAGAGACCACCGGCACCCUCCAUUUGACUCUCUUCAACUGCUUUCGACUCCCAUGUCUUCCUCUUCCUCCUUCUCCCCCGCCACUCUCACCCCUGAGCAAGAACUCUCCGUCAUCGUCGCCGCUCUCACCAACGUCGUCGCCGGCUCCACUUCCUCCGACGUCGUCUCCCUCCCGGACUUCCGCCUCCCCAACGCCUCUCAGCCUCUCGCCGGAAACACCUUCUCGCCGCCCACUAUGGACACGUGUCGCGAGUGCAACAUCGCUGGCUGUUUGGGCUGCAAUUUCUUCCCCGAGGAGAAAAAGAAACAGAAGAGGGUCAAGAAGAAAUACAGAGGCGUGAGGCAGAGGCCAUGGGGUAAGUGGGCGGCCGAGAUUCGAGACCCACGCCGUGCGGCACGGGUCUGGCUGGGAACUUUCAACACGGCCGAGGAUGCUGCCCGGGCCUACGACAAGGCCGCCAUCGAGUUCCGCGGCCCACGGGCCAAGCUCAAUUUUCCCUUAGUGGAUGAGUCCUUAAGCAUGCAGCAGAGCAAGCCAGAGAGGGUUGCAGCUGAAGAACAAAUAAAGAACGAGAAUCUCAACCAGAGCAUGGAAAUGGAGACGCUGGAAUUCGGAAACAAAGAUACUGAAUUCUGGGACAGGAUUGGCGAAGCUGAUUUUCAUCAGCUGAUGAUGCUGAUGGAUUUCACUGGAGAUUCUUCCGACUCUGCCACCGGGAACACUCUUAGUUCCUGACGACUUCCAUCGUUUCAGUUAAUUAAGAAAAAUUACUAGUUUUGGUAGUGUGUGUUUAAAAAUUAGUACAACUCGGAUAAGUCAGAUUAUUUGUUAAUUACCAUUUAGCUAGCUCCACUACGUAUAUUUCUGUAUAUCUUUCUUCCGCUAGAUUUUACGGAGGAAGCUUCAAAGUACAAACAAAUCGAGGGGUUCCUUUUCUAUA